UAUUUCCCUGUAACGCCCGCCCGCAAGAGCAGCUCUGCUGCGAGACGGGCUGUUACUGCCCCUGGCGCGCCGAGGUUCCAGGUCUGCUUGGCUGACUGCCAGCCCUGCAGCCUCCCUCGGGUCUGAGAACCAGGCCGGGCUCUGUCCUGCCGUUUCAUCUUCCCCAGUCAUCCAGAUCCUGCAGCUCCUGGCUUGCUGACAGCUGAGUGGCCCCACUGUUGUGGGGGGUUUUGCUCAGUUCUAGGUGUUCAAAGAUGGCGGAAAGACCAGAGGACUUGAACUUGCCCAAUGCUGUCAUCACUCGGAUAAUUAAAGAAGCACUUCCUGAUGGAGUAAACAUUUCCAAAGAAGCUCGGAGUGCAAUAUCUCGAGCUGCAAGUGUGUUUGUGUUGUAUGCAACAUCAUGUGCAAAUAACUUUGCAGUGAAAGGGAAGAGGAAAACACUGAAUGCUGGAGAUGUCCUCUCAGCCAUGGAGGAAAUGGAGUUCCAGAGAUUCAUAGCCCCUUUAAAGGAAUCAUUGGAAGUUUACAGGCGUGAGCAAAAAGGCAAGAAAGAAGCAAGGAAAGACAAAGAUAAGAAGGCAGACUCUGAAGAACAAGACAAGAGCAGGGAGGAGGAGAAUGAUGAUGAUGAUGAACGGAUGGAGGAGGAGGAACAAAAUGAUGAUGAUGAAGUGGAUAACUGAGCUUCCUGGAGAGACAGACAUGCACAUGGGCCUGGGCUCUCUUCCUAGGGAUAUAAAUACUGUAAAUCAA